AAUAAAAUGCCUUCUUCUCAGAGCCCCAAGUUUCACUGGCUACGCUGAAGCCAGGAAACCACAGGGUGAAAUUUCUACUGAUGGAGGACUCCGAGAAGAAGCUAAACCAGAAGAGUGACGGCAAACCACGGAAAGUACGAUUUAAAAUCUCCUCCUCCUACAGUGGCAGAGUGUUGAAGCAGGUCUUUGAGGAUGGGCAGGAAUUAGAGUCGCCAAAGGAGGAAUACCCUCACAGUUUUCUCCAAGAGUCCCUUGAACCAAUGGAUGGCAUUUACGGGUCUGGGGAGGCCCCCAAGCCCCGACCAUACUCCCCUAAGCUGACUGCUCAGAGGAUCAGCGUUUUUAGAGAGGGCAAUGCCUACACUUUGGCGGGCGGCCAGUCUUUCUUCAAUGAUUACAAGGCGAAUGACCAUAAGUCCCCACCUAUUAUAGAUUUUGGAAAGAUAAUCAUCUACACGAACAACCUGAAAAUCAUCCGAACCCCAAUGGACAAGAGAGACUUCAUGCGGAAAAUGCUCCAGAAGGAAGAGGAGGCCGAGGAGGAGUCUCUGAUGAGCAAAGAAGAAAUCUGUGGAGACAGCGGCCUGAAUGAUGGGCAUUUGCCAGACACGGAAAGCACAUUCCCCCAUAACCAGUACCCACAGGAAGGGGAGCUUCCCGAGGACAACUGUUUUCACUGCCGAGGGUCGGGCAGUGCCACCUGCUCUCUGUGCCACGGCAGCAAGUUCUCCAUGCUGGCCAACAGAUUUAAGGAGUCCUAUCGGGCCCUGCGGUGCCCUGCCUGCAAUGAGAACGGCCUGCAGCCUUGCCAGAUUUGCAAUCAAUAGCCUGUGGCUUUGUAUGUCCGCUGUUAUCGCAUCCUUCCUGAAGUUACUGCUUACAAACCCCCUCCUUCUCUUCCCUCUCCCAGCAAGGAAGCCACAGUGGCUACCACCACUUCCACCACUGGCAAAAUUCAAUUACUUGAUGACAUUUCGUGAGGCUGGUAACAUCUCCAUGUGGUUCUAAGUGGCAGAGGCAUUUUCGAAUUAGAGUCGGCUUUGAAACGGGUUCUAAAAUUAUCCUUCCAGGAACGUGUGCGUGUAUCUUACUUGGCUUAGCUCGGUUUUUUCCUUACACUAGUGAGCAAAUAAAUGCACAUUACAGGCAGCAGGUUGAAGUCAUUUUCUGGUUGGGAAUUAUUUUGCACAAUUAUGCCAUGAGAAAGGGAUAAAAAAGUAAGAGUAAAAAAGGCAGGUUUCUGAUUAACUGAAUUUCUGUUGCAUAUAAUGCAUUUCAAAUCAUCAUUGGUCAGAUUUAAUUUUUAAUUAAGCAGAAGAGGAAAGGGAUGCCCGAUGCAGAAUGUACCAGCAGGCCACUGAAAACAAAGCAACAUGUAUGAGCUUCGUGCUGAAGAUGGGCAAGCUGAGGAGGCCUUUCCUUCAAAGUCCUGAGUCUCUCCUGUGUGAUGUGCUUGGGUGGUAUUCACGCAGGCAGUGAGCAGGGCUGCUUCUUAAGACCAGAUGAGAUAAGACACUCCUACAUAUGCCUCUAAACUGCUGAGGCUAUAAGCCAAGUCAGAACUACUUAGGAUAAAUUUGGUGCUUAAGUAUGUGUGUGUGACAUGACUUCUUCCAACCCCUGAAUUAUCAGCAGAUAAAUACAUGUAUUUUAAGUCUAGGAUAUAGCCACAAUCUCUUCAAAAAAGACUGGAUAUUUUUAUAGUUAUCUAUUAGAAACCUCUAAAAAAAAAAACCAAGGAUGAUUUUUAAGAAUUCUCAUUCUACCGUCGGUGAAUACACAUACUAAAGGUAAUUCUUUCCUCUUAAAGUUGGUUACAAAAUUAGAAAGAUGCUUUCGUUAAUGUACUUUUGUGGCUCUAACCCCCACAGCCUUUACCACUUGAGAAUAACCCUGUAAAAUCUGUUAUGUUUUGAGACACGUGGCUUUUCUAUGAUGAUUUUGAUUUUCAUUACCUGAUUUUUUUUUCAACAUUUGUUUGUUAUUCUCUAAUAUUCAGCUAUUAAAAUAAUUCAAUGAACGCUUUUCGGGAGACAUAAAUACUUCUAAUAGAAAGAUUAAAAUAUUUUUUGAAGCCAUGAUAAAUUUUGCCUGUCCUCUCUUCCCCAGAAUGAUAGAACUAUUCCUAAGGGACUUUCUUUGCCUCUGCACUAAACUGUUUCCUGAGUUAGUUUAUGGUUUCUCACAGCUUUUGACUCUUCUAUUUUUCCAGACUACUAGAGGAAGGAAUGAUAACAAGAGGCCUUUAAGUGCGUUCUUCUCUUUUUUGACAGGAACAUUUGACAACGGCUGUUUUGAGCCCUGCGUGCCUGAUGUACAUUGUUGCCCAGAUGGGCACCAUCGCUUCGGUAGGGCACAGCGCUUACGCUUUCAGUGGAGGAGGCAGAUCUAUCAACAGAUAAUCACAGCGUAGCAUGACAAGUUCUGGGGUAGGGGAAUUGCUAGGAGGAUUUGAAGCACAUGGAAGGUACAUCUGAGGUAGCCUGAGUGGGGUGAGAGAGGCUUCCCAGGGGAGGAGGUAUAGCGAUGGUGGUUUCUUUUCCUUCCUUCAUGCUUUUUAGAGCCUUUAAUCCUUUUCAGCCCAUAAUAAAUGCAUCCACUAAUGAU